ACGUCCUCCUCUUCGGUGAUGGCACCGUUUUUCGCCAACCAAAGCUGUGAUCCCUUCCAACCCCAAGACCGCCCGUGUGAGCUUGGUAACUACGUCAGAUAUGCCGUUAAUGCUUCUAAAUCUUCAGAUGUCCAGCGAGCGAUCGCAUUUGCGUCCUCGAAGAAUGUCCGUCUUGUUGUUCGCAACACUGGACACGACUAUCUUGGCCGCUCCACAGGUGCUGGCUCAUUGGCGGUAUGGACACACUACCUGAAAGACAUUUCUCACAUCCCGGCGUACAAGGGAUCGGGGUACAGGGGCGCAGCAUUCAAGGUCGGCGCUGGCGUUCAGGGAUUUGAGAUCAUGGCCGCUGCCCGCGACAAGGGUUUGGUAGUUGUGGGAGGUGAGUGCCCUACCGUUGGCAUCGCUGGCGGUUACACCCAAGGCGGAGGCCAUUCAGCGAUCAGCACCAGCUUCGGUCUUGCUGCUGAUAACGUGUUAAGCUGGGAAGUUAUCACAGCUAGUGGCAAACUCGUAAACGCCAACAAGGGCCAGAACUCUGAUUUGUACUGGGCUUUGAACGGUGGUGGCGGUAGCACAUAUGGUGUUGUCGUUUCGAUGACUGUAAAGGCACACAAAGAAGCUGUGUUUGGUGGCGCUUCCUUGUCGUUCUUCACCACCGAUAACGCCCAGGAUGUCUUCUAUGACGCGAUCCAGGCAUUCCACGAGGAGCUACCAGCGAUGGUCGAUGCAGGAACCAUGGUGGUUCACUACUUCACUUCCUCUUUCUUUAUGAUUUCCCCGCUCAACGCGUACAACAAAACUGCGGCCGAGGUCAAGACCAUCCUUGCACCUUUUGUCGCCAAACUCGACUCCAAAGGUGUAAACUACACCGUCAGUUACAGCGAGUUCGACACAUACUACGAGCACUAUGACAAGUACUUUGGUCCCCUACCCCUCGGAAACAUCCAGGUCGGCAUCGCCCAAUAUGGAACGCGCUUGAUCCCGCGAAACGUCGUGAGCAACAUCACAGAAACCUGGAAAGCCAUCGUGGAGAAGGGCGUGACUUGGAUCGGCGUUGGAACAGACGUGAAGUCUUUUGGCUCGGAGAAGACGACUUCGGUCCAUCCAGCCUGGCGUAGCACCAUAGUGCAUGCAACCCUCACACUUCCGUGGAACUUCACAGCGCCAUGGUCGGAGGCGUUUGCAACGCAAGACAAGAUGACCAACGUCAUCCAACCGCUUAUUGAAGCUGCAACACCGGGCAGUGGGUCGUACGUGAAUGAGGCUGACUGGCGUCAACCGAACUUUCAGACGACUUUUUGGGGCUCGAACUACCACAAAUUGCUGAGCAUCAAGAGGAAAUGGGAUCCCUCCGGUCUGUUCUAUGCCACGGUCGGCGUUGGCAGUGAGGCUUGGGCCAUCCGAAGUGACGGACGCAUGUGUCGCGCGUAAUAGAUCUAUACCUCUCUGUACAAAUCGAAACCACGUUGAUCGCGUCAAGGGUGUAUGCAGUGUUUCUGUUGUCCUUAGUUUGCUUGAGUUACUUUGCACGCAUCCUACGCCCGUUGAUCAAAGCUUGUCGAUUUCUGUACACGUUUGCUUGCUUCUGCGUGUUAUGGUCAGUGAGCAUUCUUGUGGCCUGCCAUACCCUGGUACGCUGGUCAUGCAGCCCAUUUCCAACCCUGAAAUGUGCAUGUGGCACAGCUGCCUGCUUCACGGCGGUUCUUCGGCGGUCCUUCAGCGAUCCUUCGCGUGAGGCGGAACAUGGACGCGAUAGCAGUGGCAAGAAAUGUAGCGGCGUGGGCCGCUGUAGAAUACUGAUA